AUCAAAUAUAAAAUUCUACUUCCGUUUAGUCAACUGAAGAACCUGAAUGGAAUGGACUUGAUGGUCUAAACAUUUCUGACUAUAGAAGAAAAAACUUAGAAAAAUAAGACAGAAUCUUGUAUUCGAAAUACAUACCCAAACAUGAAGGACUCAAUGACGUUUGAAGAACAAACAGAACAAAUUGUGGAAGCAUUAUUUACUAGCCUUUUCUCUAAGAAGCAAGUGUCACAAGUAACUGAUCGAUGCCUGAAGAUCCAGUAUGAAGGCUUUUUUGAAGCUGAUUCUGCAAGCAAUUUUAAUGCAGUUCAUAUUGCCAACAUCCUGCGAUCCCUAGGAGAUCAGUAUAAUGCUGAGUUGGAGGGAGAGCAGAGUGUACAGGCACUUAUUGCAGAGAAAAGCAAAGCAAAGCCAAAGAAAUUCAGCGAAGUGGCAGAAUCUCUCAGCAGGACUUGGAGUAGUCAAACUCCUGGGCUGGAGUAUGAAAGAGCUUUCCUAGCUGUUGCUGUGAAGUUGUUUGAGUACUUUAUAAAGAAAACUGUUGUAGGUUCUGGCCAGAUAAACCUACUCGCAGAGGCAAUCAACACAAAUGCUGAAGUGAGAAGCUAUAUUGAAAGGCAAGGUGGUUGGGCUAAUCUCGGAAGUGGAGUAAAUAACCCAUAGUUUCUUGCUUCCAGUAUAAGAAACCCAUCUGCUAUUUUGGAGGAAAUAGAGCCAGAGAGUUGCUUUGAACCUGGAAAUGGAACUGCCAUGAGUUGGAAAGCUACAUACAACCCCGAAAAGAAGCCAAAUAAAUUUAAUUAAUUUAAAAAGAAAAUCAUAACGGCUUGAUGGUCAUUACAGUUAAAUUGUUGUUUACAGGAAUUUCACAGAUAAUUCAAUCUGAACCUGCCUGCUUGUUGCACUCUAGAAAGAGAGACUAUGUGACUUCUUUGUCAGUAUUUGAAGAAUAUUAUCAUAGCCUCCCACAAUCCUCUCUACUUAAGACUAAACAUCAUCAGUUUCCUCAAUUUCAUUUCAUAAGGCUUAGUUUCUAACCUUAUUAUCCUCACAGCCCUUCUCUGAACCUGUUCCAAUUUGUCUGAAUUGGCACCACAGUUAUACCACUUCCUUAAAGUGUGGUGCUCAGAACUGAAAGAGUAUGCAGAAUAAAGUGGAACUAUUAUUUCCCAUUCUCUGGAAACUAUGCUUCUGUAGUAACAGGUUACAUUGUCACUUGCCAUUUGCAGCUGCAACAUACUGCUGACUCAUAUUCUGUUUGUGGUGACCUACUGUUCCAAGAUUUUUUACACAAACAUUAUUACAAGCCAAGUAUCUCCC